ACCACUAUGCCGGAAUUCACUCAUUAUUUUUUGCAACUGUUUCUCUAUAAUAAUCGGUUUCUUGCCUAAUUAGAUGGAAAUGAUUACACAUUAAGGUGGCACUUGAAAUUUGAAUUACCUAGCUCAUUUUGAACUACUAUUAUCCAUUUUCAAUUUUCAGCAACUCAUCAAGAGGCAAAAUUGGCCGCCCUUUUGGCGGAGGAUUUAACAGACAUUGAGUCUGAAGCUGAAACAACUUUUUCACAAGAUUCACAACAGAAACAAACAACAGAACAAAAUUCACAAGAGAAAGAUGAUUCAUCUGGAAGCUCAUGUAAAGAUAAGGAUGCAGAUAGUCACAAGGAUUCAUGUGAAGAUAAGGAGUUGCAGGAAGGCGAGCCAAGCCUGAAGAAAACUAAAAUUCAGAGGGUAUCAAACCCAACCAUUGAAGAUAUUUACAGUUUAGUUUAUGAAAAUACCAAAAUGGUAUCCAAACAUUUGAAAGGCCAUGAUACUCAGCAGGCGACCGUCCAAAGCAGCGGCCAACGCAACAGAGUCAAUAUUACUCUCACCGGGAAGGAAGAUCUUGACAGAAUGGAAAAACAAUUAAGAGAAUCUGCAGAAUAUGCUGAACAAGUGAAAAUGGAGCUGUUACUACUUGGAGGAAUUGACGGAAGGGAUUUGCUCAUUAGAAUCCUUAAAAAAUUGCUCCCUCCCGCUGUUUGUAACGAAAUGACCCUCAAAGGUGCCAUGAGAAAACAGGUGCGAAAGUUCAAAUUCAUGGACUCGAAGAUCCAAACUGUAAUAUUCGGUAAGUGUUAUUUACCUAUUUUCACAGUGGGCUUGAACGAAUUCCAAAUGGAGGAAUGAGAAACCUCAUUUCUGGAAACGAGGAAUUACAGGUGAAACACCUUACAAAAACAUCUUUGGUUAAACUAAAAUUAUCCGAUCGUCCAGUUUUUUUCGGUUGUUUACUUCCCUCCCCGAAAAUGUGUGUUUAAUGUAAAUCAUUACAAUUUGCCUUAAGAAAGUAAUCAAGACAAGUAUGAACAACAAGGGUCACCCCUUUCCGUACCAACAUAGAGUUGAAAUUUUUACAUUUUGAUCCAUGGCAAUAAAAAUUAUGAGGCUGAAAUUUUCAAAACCCCACAACAUUUUCUCUUCCCGCUGCAGCAUUGCCAAAUUGAGAUUCUUGAAAUUAAAUUACUGAAGAAUUCAUGUAUCACAAAAAUGACUAUUUAUGAAAAUAAAAAUAAUUAGGGCCAGAGUUCUUGUCAGCUAAGUUGGCAGUUUGACUUUCUGUUCGCAAGGGACUGCGAUGCAAUGUUCCAGUAGAGAUCGAGGCUUGACUGAGGCUCAGUCAACAUCGAGAUAGGAAGGGGGUCGCAGAAGGACUUGGUCCGUCCCCCCCCCCCCCCCCCCAAGAAUGCUCAAGACCUCUUCCUUGCUUUUUAAGUUGGAAUUCGUUUGAACUUCCUGUGAAUUUCACUCUUUUUCUACACAAACUUAAAUAUGAUUAAAUUGAUGAGUUCUAAAAGAACCCAAGUCUUAAGAACAAAUUACU